GGGUCGAUUUGAGGAAGCGAAUUCUCUCUGCCAGCUGGGCUGAGUGUCAGUGAAGAGAAUUUGGAUGGUGGAGCACUGCCACCGAGCCAGGAAUAGGCAUCACACCUUAGGCUUUUGUUCACCUAUACUAGUCUCCGAGAGGAAAAUAUUAAUUUCAUUUAAUGGGUCGAUUGAGGAUGUGUUACGUGUUGCUGUUUUAAUUGUACAGUGUCAGAGUAAGUCAUUCUCACGCUGAUAAGAGUAAGCUUUUUGUUUAACAGCUUUUCGUAUUUUCUUUAACAACCAAAACCAGAACUGCAUAUUAUUUCUGCUUACUGGAAACUGUAAGACUAUACGCAUUUAAAAAGUCACGAUAAAGCAGAUGGAGCGAGGAAGCAAGGUAUCUUAAUGCAUAUAUUCUGAUUGACAAAAUUUGGUUAGGCUUUUAAAUCGCAGUAUACGAUUUUGUAACAGAUCGCGCAAAGUAAUGUAAAAAAAUCAGAUGAACAAAUAUAGACCAAGGCUGUGUGUAACACAUAUCAGUCUAGUGACUUUUCCUGCAGGUAAAUAUUAUGAAACGGCUUCCCCAUUUCGGCUCGUUUCGUUAAACAGUUUAAUUUUUUCUUUUUGUUUUUUUUCCUUCUCUUUAACGUAAUCUUGAGUGGAAAUACAAACGUACUGAAAUAUAUUCACCAAGAGGUCUUUAAGAAGGAGGAUCACCAACAGAAAGCCAGCAGCAGCUAUUUGGAAUAAUUAAGAUUAGACAUCCGUGUCACAAUGACAAUUUCUGUCGCCGGACUAAAAUGAACCUCUUUCCAAUGGAAUUACCACUGAUAAAGAAAAAAUAAACCUUAUAGCUUUGCUAAUAAAUAUAUUUGCAGAGUCUGUCAUCACCGAAGAGCCGUACUGUAUGUGAACAUUUCACUGGCAUAUUAUUUAUCAAAGGCAUAUACAACAAUCCACAAUACCGAGAUCACCAUACCCGGACUAUCAAGACCAGCCUGUGUUCUUAUGGCGGAGUUUGGAAAGGAGAACGGCGGAGUGUCUUCUUCACUCAUCACGGGAAAGAAACCGGACAAACCCGUCGAUGAAGCUCACGGGGAAACCCACCGUGGAGACACUGUUUCAAACGGGGACUGUGGGGUAGGAGACGUACUCGGUUCGGGAUCUCCAGCACCACCUGGAAGCCCGGGGGUGGACCCCGCGAACAACACCGCUGUCGGGCUGGACUGUAAACCCGGGAUACCCCGGAGGAGUAGCAUCAUUAAGGAUGGCACAAGACAGAGACGAGAGAGAAAGAAAACAGUCUCCUUCAGCAGCAUGCCAACUGAAAAGAAGAUCAGCAGUGCUAGUGACUGCAUCAACUCCAUGGUGGAGGGUUCGGAACUCAAAAAAGUUCGCUCCAAUUCCCGUGUGUAUCACAGGUACUUUCUUUUAGAUGCGGAUAUGCAGUCGCUGAGAUGGGAACCUUCCAAAAAAGAAUCAGAAAAGGCAAAGAUUGAUAUUAAAUCCAUUAAGGAAGUGCGAACUGGAAAGAACACCGAUAUUUUCAGAGCGAAUGGAGUUUAUGAUCAAAUUUCAGAAGACUGUGCAUUUUCAGUCAUAUAUGGGGAAAACUAUGAAUCCCUUGACUUGGUUGCUAACUCUGCAGAUGUAGCAAAUAUCUGGGUCACUGGGCUCAGAUAUCUGAUAUCGUAUGGGAAACACACUCUGAACAUGAUUGAGAGCAGCCAAAACAACAUGAGGACUUCAUGGUUGUCUGAUCUCUUUGCCGAGGCAGAUGUUGAUGGUGUGGGUCAAAUACGUUUAGGCACAGCUGUUCAGAUGAUUAAAAACUUAAAUCCUGGACUGAAAAAUGUCAAAAUAGAGCUUAAGUUCAAAGAGUUUCACAAAGCUAAAGACAAAAUUGGAAGUGAUGUUACAAAGGAGGAGUUCAUUGAAGUCUUUCAUGAACUUUGCACAAGGCCAGAGAUCUACUUUCUGCUAGUUCAGUUCUCAAGCAAUAAGGAGUUUCUUGAUACCAAGGAUCUCAUGAUGUUUUUAGAGGCAGAACAGGGAAUGGCUCAUGUCAAUGAAGAUACCAGCCUUGAAGUGAUCCAAAACUAUGAACCAUCAAAGGAGGGCCAGCAAAAAGGAUGGCUGUCUUUAGAUGGCUUUACCAGUUACCUCAUGUCCCCUGAGUGCCAUAUAUUUGAUCCUGAACAUAAAAAAGUAUGUCAGGACAUGCUUCAGCCCUUAUCCCAUUAUUACAUUAAUUCAUCACACAACACGUACUUAAUAGAGGAUCAGUUCCGUGGCCCUUCUGACAUCACAGGAUACAUUCGCGCUCUUAAAAUGGGUUGCCGGAGUGUUGAAUUGGAUGUCUGGGAUGGCCCAGACAAUGAGCCAGUCAUUUACACAGGACACACGAUGACAUCACAGAUAGUCUUCCGCAGUGUCAUUGAUAUCAUUAACAAAUAUGCUUUUGUGGCAUCUGAGUACCCCUUAAUACUUUGUUUGGAAAAUCACUGUUCACUCAAGCAGCAGAAGGUCAUGGUUCAACAUCUGAAAAAGAUUCUAGGGGAUAAAAUCCACACUGAUUCUCCCAACAUAGAAGAGAGCUAUCUUCCAUCGCCUGAUGAUCUGAAGGGCAAAAUCUUAUUAAAAGCCAAGAAGCUUCCACCCAACUGUGUCAACCCAGAAGGUGAUGUGACCGAUGAAGAUGAGGGAGCAGAAAUGUCUCAGAGAGUGGGUAACGAAACUGGGGAACAACAGUCUAUGGUGCCACAGAAGAGAUUUCAGCUUUCCAAAGACCUUUCUGACUUGGUUAGUCUCUGCAAAUCAGUAGGUUUUAAGGACUUUCAGGUCUCUUUCCUGAACCAAAAAUACUGGGAGAUCUGCUCUUUCAAUGAGGUCUUUGCUACUCGCCACGCCAGUGAGCAACCCGGGGACUUUGUCAAUUACAACAAAAGGUUUCUUGCCAGAGUUUAUCCAAGUCCCAUGCGGAUAGAUUCCAGUAAUAUGAAUCCGCAGGAUUUCUGGAAAUGUGGCUGCCAAAUAGUGGCCAUGAAUUUUCAAACUCCAGGCUUGAUGAUGGACUUGAACAUUGGGUGGUUCCGCCAAAAUGGGAACUGUGGCUACGUACUACGUCCUGCAAUUAUGAGGGAGGAGGUGUCAUAUUUUAGUGCCAACACUAAAGACUCUGUUCCUGGAGUGUCUCCUCAGCUUCUUCACAUUAAAAUAAUAAGUGGUCAGAAUUUCCCCAAGCCCAAAGGCUCGGGUGCCAAGGGUGAUGUAGUUGAUCCUUAUGUAUAUGUAGAAAUUCAUGGGAUUCCAGCUGAUUGUGCUGAACAACGGACAAAAACUGUCAAUCAGAAUGGAGACAACCCCAUCUUUGAUGAGAGUUUUGAGUUCCAGAUUAACCUGCCUGAACUAGCAAUGGUGCGUUUUGUGGUGCUAGAUGACGAUUACAUUGGGGAUGAAUUUAUUGGCCAGUAUACAAUUCCAUUUGAGUGUUUACAGCCGGGCUUUCGGCACAUACCUCUGCAGUCACUCACAGGGGAGGUGCUACCCCAUGCCUGGCUGUUUGUGCAUGUGGCCAUCACCAACCGGAGAGGAGGAGGAAAGCCUCAUAAGCGUGGUCUUUCUGUGCGGAAAGGGAAGAAAUCCAGAGAAUAUGCCACCAUGAGGGUUCUUGUGAUUAAAGCUGUGGAUGAGGUCUUCAAGACUGCUGCCCAGCCACUACGUGAAGCCACUGACCUCAGAGAGAACAUGCAGAAUGCUAUUGUCCCCUUUAAAGAAUUGUGUGGCCUUUCUCCUGUGGCUAAUCUCAUGCAGUGCAUUUUGGCACUGUCCACACGCUUAAUGAGUGGAGACAACACACCCUUUGUGGUAUUCAACCUCAAGGACCAGUAUCCGAACAUGGAGCCACAAGGACAGAUUCCGGAGAUGCUGAAGAAAAUUGUGACUGCCUAUGAUGCUAUGAUUCAGACGAGCAAGUCUCUAAUUGAAAAUGCUGAUGGGGUAUAUGAAAAGAUAAUGCAGUGCCAGAAAGCAGGCAUGGAAUUCCACGAGAAUCUGCACAGUGUAGCAGUAAAAGAGGGACUUAAAGGCCGGAAGCUACAGAAGGCUGUGGAGAGUUUUACCUGGAAUAUCACCAUUCUCAAGGGGCAGGCAGAUUUGCUGAAGCAUGCCAAAAAUGAGGUGCUGGAAAACCUGAAGCAGAUCCAUUAUGCUGCUUUGACUUGCAACCUGUGUAAAGGGAACACUGGGACCACAGAACUGAUCAAGCCCAGGCGCAGCCUAGAGGCCAUUCCUGAAAAAAUGACAGGAGAUGAGGAGUCCGUGGAUGGAGAAAACUGAAGAGCACCUGGGAUGAAUAGAUUGAGUGACAACAUCAGUUUCCUCAUAUAUUGGAGGUGUGAAGGAAAACUAAACAGGAGAGAAUUGUUUUUUUUAUGCUAUUAUGUUUUUUUCUGUUUAGGGUAUCCUAAAGCACAAUCUGGAGGUUGCUGAGCAGUCUAAAAAACUGGAGCUAUGAAUGUAGCAGAAUUCAGUGUACAAAUCCGCUAUUUAUAGCAAAGAACGAUAGUUCUUUCUGCCAAACGUGUAUAUAUGGAGGUCUAAUGUUACACUUUCAAGUGCAAUGUUUUGUGUUCUUUGAAUAAACUUUUUGUUUAUUUUUUGUUUUAAAUAUAGUGUAUCUAGAGGAGUUGCUUUGUUCUUUUUUAAGUAUUUUGUCUAAAUGUGCGUAAAAUAAACCAAAAGGUUUCAACACCAAGUCCUGAUGGAAGAAUGCCACGUACAGUACCAUGUGCUCUCUGACUAUGAAAUAUACGGAAUAUCCCCUUGUAAAGCCCUUGUAGAAGAACUGGUAAUGUAACCAGUUUUCCAGUUAUGGGAUCUGUAGCAGUACCAGUAUUUUCUGGUCCCAAUUUUCUGGUCUGGUCCCAAUAUUUUCUGCAGCAUUGUAAAGAGAAAUGAAUUGUGCAGACUACUUUGUAUAGUUAUUCGAAGUAAUUAUUAAAUGUCAGAUGUUAAGUUAUUCAGGUAUUGUUACGGAACCUGGCAAAUCUAGUUGUGGAUAAAUUGAUUCAUUUAAUGAGAUGUGAUAGUGCCUCAUUGCUGGGAAUCUCCAGUUAAUAAAAGAGCUAUAGUAGCUGAAGCCUGAAAUAUUCCUGUUGAUUAAUUUAAAAGAAAAACAUGUUGUUUUUGUAACUGGUCCAUGUUUAAGGUCUGAACAUUAAGGACAGUGUUAUUCCUUUUUAUCAUUUGUCAUUUCUAAUAAAUGCUUAUCUCAGCAAGGUUAAUGACCAAUUUGAAACUGUUAUUAUACAGUAUAUAUAAAAUUGUGUGCAGUGUAACUAGGUAUAAAUAUGACCUUUUACAUUAACCCAGUUUUACUGUUCAAAGUUUUUUGUGUUUUAAUCCAACCAACAGCGUAGAACAAAAAAAAAAUAAAGCUGCACAUAAAGAA